AACAUUUAUGUGGAUACCAGCUCACAGAGGGAUUAAGGGCAAUGAAAUUGUGGGUUCAUUAGCAAAAUAGGCUCUGAAAGAGGAGGAGGUCCUGGACAUUUCACUUAGUAAAGCAAAAGGAAUAAUCAGAAGAAACAUCAUUAGAGAGUGGCAGCAUAGUUGGGAUACAAGAAAAACAGGACAACACCUUUAUGCAGUACAGAGAGAAGUUAAAAGCUAAAAGCAGCACCAAGGCGAACAAGGCUGAUGGUAGCACAUACCUGACUCAAUAAACACUGCACAGAACAAACAAACAUCUGCCAAGCAGAGGAACGUUACACAUUAAGCUUGGAGUGGAAGAACUGAGUUUAAAAAUGUUUUUUCCAUCGGGUUAGGGAGUCUAUUCCGUUAUAAUCUAGGUAUACCAUCCUGUCCUGAUGUGUGAGCCUCCCCCGUUGCGCCAGCGCCAUCCCGUGUCUCGCUGCUGCAUCUCCCCGCCACUCAUGACGGAAGUAGCCGGUGUGCGGGUGACACGUCACUGAGGUCAAACGGGAGGAAAGAUGGCGAGCACCUAUGAGAGCUUCAACUUGCGCACCACACCAGAGAAGUUUUACAUAGAGGCCUGUGACGAUGGCUGCGAGGACGUCCUGGCUAUUGACAGAGUGUCAACUGAGAUGACUCUGACAGUGAGGAGGGACAUCCCUGCAUCAGCCGAGACCAGGCCAGUAUGUGGACUCAUGGGGACUAUACGUCUGGUGGCAGGUAUGUACCUGGUGGUGAUCACGAAGAAGCAGAAGGUGGGGGAUCUGCUCGGUCACGCUGUGUGGAAGGCUCUGGACUUUGACAUCAUCUCCUAUAAGAAAACGAUACUUCACCUGACAGACAACCAGAUGCAAGACAACAAGGCUUUCCUGUCGAUGAUCAACAGUGUUCUUCACACAGAUGGCUUCUACUUCGCUACAGACUACGACCUGACCCACACCCUGCAGCGGCUGGCCAACACCAGCCCCGAGUUCCAGGAGAUGAGCCUUCUGGAGAGGGCAGAUCAGCGUUUUGUCUGGAACGGUCACCUGUUGCGGGAGUUCAUGGCUCAGCCGGAGCUGCACAAGUUUGUGUAUCCCGUCAUCCACGGCUUCAUCACCAUGAAGUCGUGCUGCAUCAACGGGAAGGUGUUUGAGUGGAGCAUCAUCUCCAGGAGGAGCUGUUUCAGAGCCGGCGUCCGCUACUACGUCCGAGGCAUUGACUCUGAAGGCCACGCUGCUAACUACGUAGAGACAGAGCAGAUCGUGCAGUUCAGCAGCGCCAAGGCCUCGUUUGUUCAGACCAGAGGCUCCAUCCCCUUCUACUGGUCCCAAAGACCCAACCUGAAGUACAAGCCCAAACCACAGAUCAACAAGACGGUGAACCAUUUGGACGGAUUCCAGAGACACUUUGACUCACAGAUCAUUCUCUAUGGAAGACAAGUCAUUCUGAACCUGAUCAACCAGAAGGGCUCAGAGAAGCCACUGGAGAUGGCGUUUGACAAGAUGGUGACCAGCCUGGGUAACGGCAUGAUCAAGUACAUAGCGUUUGACUUCCACAAGGAGUGCAGUCGGAUGAGGUGGCACCGCCUGCAGAUCUUACUGGACAUGGUCGCUGAGAUGCAGGAUGAAUCUGGAUAUUUCCUGGUGGAUGCAGAUGGGAAGGUGCUGAUGAACCAGGAGGGGACGUUUCGGAGCAACUGCAUGGACUGUCUGGACCGGACCAAUGUGAUCCAGAGUCUGCUGGCACGGCGGUCUCUGCAGUCACAGCUACGGAAAAUGGGUGUCCUGCACACGGGCCAGCAGAUUGAGGAGCAGGCAGAUUUUGAGAAGGUGUACAAGAACGCCUGGGCAGACAAUGCUGACGCCUGUGCCAAGCAGUACGCUGGAACUGGAGCCUUGAAGACAGACUUCACCAGGACGGGGAAGAGGACUCAGUGGGGGCUGCUGAUGGACGGCUGGAACUCCAUGAUCCGAUAUUACAAAAACAACUUCUCUGACGGGUUUAGACAGGACUCCAUUGAUGUGUUCCUGGGGAACUAUGCUGUGGAGGAAGCUGAUUGGACCACGCCUCUGCGUGACCCCAAAGACUGGAAGUUCCUGACGCUGCCCAUCAUCAUGGUGGUCGCCUUCUCCAUGUGCAUCAUCUGCCUGCUGAUGGCUGGUGACACGUGGACUGAGACUCUGGCCUACGUCUUGUUCUGGGGGACGGCCAGCGUGGUGACGGGCGGCCUCAUCCUCUUUAACGGCCGCGACUUUGUCGAUGCUCCAAGGCUGGUGCAGAAGGAGAAGCUGGACUGAACGUGUGUGUGUGGAAAGCAGCUUGGCCCUGGAGAGCUCACCGCCUCAUCCUCCAGCUCUUCAUCACUUUACCCCCAGCAUCAGCAUCAGCAUCAGCAUCAGCAGGCCUGGAGCCUUUACUGACAGGGGGGGGGCGGUGGUGGAGGAGGGAGGAGGGCGGCGGGCAGGGGGCCGGCCUCGUGUACAGCGGUGGUGGAAAGACAGAGACUGGGGGUGCACGGGGGUGCUGCUGUCCACACUGCAGCAGUCGUCAGGUGGACAGGACUGUCUGUCCACUGGUUUUACUGGACUCUCCGGAGUUUGUUUAACUGGAUGUGUGGUGGGACCGACGUAUUGUUUCCUGUUUGUCCUUUACUGGAUGUACUGGGAUCAGAUCAGAGCAGCUGCUGCAGCUGUGAAUGAUUUACUGUAUGUACUGUUAAUUUCUCUUUGUCUUUCUUUUUGCUGUUGCCAACAUGUUCAUCAUGUGCAGUGAUUCUGCCUCGGGUUCAAUGCUGCUCGUCUGGAGGUCAGUGACACGUCCAGCCUCUGAUCCACUGACACAGUGGACUCUGGUCUGACAGACCGACUGAGGUUUGACGCAGCAGGUAGAUUUAUGCUUCUUUAUUGUUGGGCCUCAUGCAAGAACCUCCAUUAGUUCUUUGAGGGAUUUAAGAGGAACCAAGUUCACGACGAUCCAGACCAGACCAGACCAGUACAGGUCAGCCUUAAUCUGAACCAAUCUGGAGUUUAGAUAUUACACUGAAAUAAAAUAUAUAAAUGAAACAGACUUGAUGCUAAAUGAAUCAUCAUCACAGCUUCACUGGGUGGAGUUACAGUGGAUGUUUAUUGGUGUAUUCAUCACGGUCAGUGAGGCAUCUCAUUGCUUCUUCUUCUCCUCCUGCUUCUUCUUCUCCUGCUUCGUCCUCCUCCUCCUUCUCUUUGUUAGCCUGUCUGUGAAUGAAACCUUCAUGUAGCCGUUUAUCAUCAUGUGUUUGCAUGAGGCCCAGUGUUUCACCCUCAUGGAGAAACCUGAAUCUGCCUUAAGACCUGGACCGUGUGUUUGUGGGAGGUGCCACAGGUUCAGUCCUCUUCAGCCCUCUGGUGGUCACAGCUGACUGUGGGAGACAACACUUGUGCUGGGACAGAGUCCGUCCUCAGCGGACUCUGGUGGGGCGGAACAUGUAGUUACUGAGCCCAGCUUCAUUUUGCUCCUCGGCUGGUUGUGAUACUGGUUGAGGUUGUGUCAUGUGGUCCGGCUCUGACCAGAGACUGGAACCAAACUCAGGUCUUAAACCUGAACCUGGUGUGAUUACUGUCAGGUUGGUUUAUCUAUGGGUCAAACACUACAAACAUGUAGCGUGUUGGAGACGCUCUCAUCAUGUCGGUGCCAUAUAACUCUAUUUCUUUACCAAAUAAUAUAUUCAUGAAAAUCAAGUCCUCAGCUGUUUAAAGGAAGAAAACAACAAACAAAGAACUCAGUCCAAACAUCUGACAAGUUGAUGAAUAGUUUUCAUUGCUGUGCGCCAGCAACAGUCAGACACGUAUCCGUACGUCCGUCCUAUUCUCAUGGACACGAUAUCUCAGCAACGCCUUGACAUAACUUCUUCAAAUUUGGAACAAACCUCCAUUUGGUCUCAAGGAUGAAAUGAUUAGAUUUUGGUGGUCAAAGGUCAAAGUUCAAGGUCACAGUGACCUCACAAAACAUGUUUUUGGCCGUAACUCACAAAUUCAUACAUGAAUUAUGACACCAUUUAACUCAAAUGUCUAUAAGGAUAAAAUGAAGUGAUGACAUUUAAUAUCCAAAAGGUCAAAGGUCAACUUCACUGUGAUAAUAUUCUGCAAAAGCACUUCUGGCCAUGAUUCAACACUGUAGAUUGUGACCAUAUUUCCUGUAGCUUGUCUGCUUGGUGGAGGAAACAACCACGAGGAGGUGAAUGUAGUUUGAUCAGUCUUCCCAAGCUGUCGGUCCUGAUGUUCACUGCGGUUCCCUCAGGAUCACCGGCUCAGUGUAUCAACAGAAGCAACACUCGCUCCUGAUCUGUUCCAGGAAAGUUGUGUCAGAGAUGUAGAUGAUGAUUCAGUUGACUCUGAAUCUGAGAGCUCCUCCUCCUGUAGCAGGAUCUAAAUCCUUGUGGCCUGUUGCUCUGUGUUUUAGAUCAGACAGCUGUCAGGUUGUCAUGUGAUCUGUGAUGGGGACUGUAAGGAGUGAUGUGACAGACCUGUAGGUCAGAUCUUCCAUGUGAUCUCUGAACUCUGACACAAGAAGUUCGCAGCUACAAAACUACUCCACAUGGGAUUUUGACUCGUGAGGAACUUAAAGGUUUAAUCUGGUGUUCAACUAUCAUUUUAUUUUUGUCAACAAAUCCCAUGAAAAGUUCAAAACCAACAGUGUGUUAGUCCGUCUCAGUACUUCCUGACUUCCCUCCGCUGUCUGUCCCUCAGGUCUCAGCUCAUUGGUUCUUACUGAGGAUGAAAAUCUUCAAAAACUGCUCACAAACAUAGUUUCAUUUUCUCAGUGAUUUUUUGAUGAAACAGUUGAUCACAGUGAUUUCUAUCAAACAAACAGGAGGAAACUGACUUUGUUUGGGAUUAUGUGUGACUGAGUCUAAAUAAACUACAGUGUGUGUUCAUGGUGAAGGAACAUGUCACUGAAACUGGAGCUCUGUGGCUCAGAGGAAUCAGACUGUAGAUACACUGUGCUGGUUGGUAGGAGACAGUCACUGGUUGGUUGAGUCUGGGAUUUGUUGACAUUGAAAUAUACAGAAGAUCACCACAGUAACUGAAAGAAAGUGUUUUGUAAGAUCACACUCACAUUGACCCUUGACCUUUGACCAUCAAAAUCUAAUCAGUUUAUCCUUGAGUCCUAGUGAAUGUUUGUGCCAAAUUUGAAGAAGUUCCAUCAAGGUGUUACUGAGAUAUCGUGUCCACAGGAAUGGGACUGACAACCAACUGUAUGGAUGGACAAUCUGAAAACAAUAUAUAUAUAUAUAUAUAUUGUUUUCAGAUUGUUUCAGAUAUAUAUAUAUAUAUGACUAUUGCUGGUGUGAAGGGAAAUAAAUGUCAUGUUUGGCAGAAUCCUCUUUGAAUGUAAACCUGCUGUGUAUGUAACGUGCUGUGUAGCGUGUGUGUUACAGUGUGUGUUUCAUGUGGGAGAAACUGCAGUCGUUUUCAUCAGAACUGUGAUGACACCAUGAUUGACAGCUCCACAGAAACCUGGGCCCAGACUGUAGAACAUCAGCUGAACAGGUUCUAAUAGAACAGCACCAGGGGAGACUGAGGGACAGUGUUCAGCCUUAUAUGACCCACCUGAGGACGAGUUCAGGGAGUGAACGCCAUAAAGUUCAGUCCAUGCUGAGACCACGUUGUUUUGGUGUCAGACUGUAGGUUGUGACGCUGAUGCAGGAGAAUUCAUUCCAACUCUUCUUCUUUCAUUUGUUUACUCACCGGACCUUUACCCAUCAGGCCGAGCUGCUGCCUUACUGUUCACUGAGGGGGCGUCUGACUGUACGUAAUCAUUUACUGACCUCUGCUGAACUCAGAAUGUAAAAAGCUGUUAUGUAAUUAUAGGAGUGUUUUUCUUGUUACCGGAUGAUUUUCUCACUGGAAACUCGGACAGCCAAUGACAUGCUUCCUCUGACAGCAGCUGCAGUAAUAAACAGGGCAGAUGAUCA